UCAGCCUAGUGCGUAAUCAUUGGCGCGUACGGUCCACCGCAGAUAGGUUGAUGAUCUCGAGCUGCUCUUAUCCUUCAAAUCCUCAAUGAAUGAUCCAUCUGGCUUCCUUUCCAACUGGAAUUGCUUUACCCCAUUGUGCCUGUGGCAUGGAAUCACUUGCAACAAUUUCUCUAAAGUAAAGGGUGACGAACUCCAGCUGCUCUUAUCCUUCAAAUCUUCAAUCAAUGAUCCAUCUGGCUUCCUCUCCAACUGGAACUCCUCCACCCCGUUGUGCAUGUGGCAUGGAAUCACUUGCAACAAUUAUUCUAGGAUUAAGGUAAUUGAGCUCAUUGAAAAAAAUAUUUCUGGGACAAUUUCAUCUUCAAUCUUUUAUUUGUCAGAGAUUGAGAUUAUCAAUCUUUCGAUUAAUCAAUUCUCUGGUCAAAUUCCCAAUGAUUUGGUUUCUUCUGUGUCACUUCGAUAUCUUAAUCUAAGUUGCAACAAUUUGACUGGUACAAUUCCAAACUGUUCAAUUUCAUUGGAAAUAUUGGAUCUUUGGAAUAACAGCCUUUCAGGGAAAAUUCCACCACAAAUUGGAGCAUGUUCAAAUUUAAAAGAACUUGAUCUUGGUGGCAAUUAUUUGGUGGGAAGAAUUCCAAGCUCCAUAUCAAAUAUCAGCAAUUUGCAAGACUUGACUCUUGCUGGUAAUGAAUUGAUUGGCCAAAUUCCUAGUGCAUUAAGCAAACUGAAGAGCUUGAAGAGCAUUUACUUUGGCUAUAACCACCUUUCUAGUGAAAUUCCGCAAGAACUUGCUGAUUUAGUUUCUUUGAAUCUUCUUAAUCUUGCCUUCAACAACUUAAGUGGACAAAUUCCUUCCUCGCUUGGAAACCUCACCAAUCUUCAAUACCUCUUCCUCUUCGACAACAAGCUUACAGGUUUGUUUCCUAGAUCUAUUUCUGACCUCAAAAACUUGAUUGAUCUUGAUCUUAGUUAUAAUCAUUUAUUUGGUGAGAUUCCAAAACUCAUAAUUGAGUUGCAGAGCCUAGAGGUUCUUCAUCUUAUCUCCAACGACUUCGCCGGUAAAAUUCCAAAUUCUCUAGCCUCUUUGCCUCGUCUUCAACUGGUCGAUCUUUCAUCAAACAGCUUGACUGGUGAAAUUCCUUCCUUGAUUUGCAAUAUGAGUUCCAUCGUAGUUCUGAACUUAGGUUAUAACAACUUAAGUGGAAUUAUUCCACCAUGUCUAGGAAACUUCAGCAAACGUCUUUCAAUCUUAGAUUUAGAGAGGAAUAAUUUUCAUGGAACCAUCCUUGAUACUUUUCAUGAGGACUGUGGGUUGAGAAAUCUCGACUUAAAUGGCAAUAAAUUGGAAGGGCCUUUACCACGAUCCUUGGCCAAUUGUAGAAAUUUGGAAAUGAUGGACAUUGGUCACAACAAGAUAAGUGGUACUUUCCCUUAUUGGCUGGAUACUCUGCCAAAAUUACAAGUUCUUGUUUUACGAUCAAACAAAUUGUGUGGUGUCUUACAAAGUUCCAACACCAUCCAUCCUUUUCCAAAGUUACGGAUUCUUGAUCUUGCAAACAAUGAAUUCACUGGUCCUUUGCCCAAAGGUAUAGUAAAAAACAUGAAGGCCAUGAUGAAUCUCAACGAACAACAAAGUUCUUUGCAAUAUAUGGACAGAAGAUUUUAUUAUUAUUAUGUAAAUUUGACAGUGAAAGGAUUUUACAUUAAACUUCAUAUCUUGACAACAUUCACAAGCAUUGACCUCUCAAACAAUAACUUUCGUGGAGAGAUUCCAAAUGUUAUUGGAAAGCUUAGUUCACUUAGAGGGCUCAACCUUUCUCAUAAUAGUCUUUGUGGUCAUAUCCCAAUGUCAAUCGGAAAUUUGACCAGUCUCGAAUGGUUAGACCUCUCUUCAAACAAGCUCACCGGUCAAAUUCCUGACCAAUUGAAAGAUAUGACAUUUCUUGCCUGCUUAAAUCUUUCACAUAACCAACUCACAGGACCAAUUCCUCUAGGCAAACAGUUCAGUACAUUUGAAAAUGGCUCAUAUGAAGGAAACUUGGCACUAUGCGGUUUUCCGUUGUCAAAGUCUUGCAACAAUGAUAGGAGAAAACAAACAUCUUCAUCUUUCUUGAAAGAGGCAGAUGACUCAGAGACCAAGAUCAAUUUUGGCUGGAAAGUGGUGUUGAUGGGCUACGGAUGUGGACUGAUAUUUGGAGUCAUUAUUGGAUAUGUUACAUUCAGAAAUGGUGAACCAAAAUGGUUUGUGACAUUGUAUGGAGUCAAAUAUCAUCGAAAGGGAAGAAGAUACUCACGGAACUAA